AUGUCUCGAUUCUGUGAAGAUAUGAGCGACCUAUCGUUGCCAGCAACGACGUACACAACCAUGCUACAACAAGAUCCGAGGCUCAAAGAAGCUUGUAGGAGCAAGAUUGCAGAAACAAGGGAGGAAUAUCGGAAUUGGAGACUCCAGCAGGCGGAAAUUCCGCCACAAGCUCCCCCAGUGUCGUACACGAUGGCCUUUUCGCCCGAAACUCGACCACCACCAACAUCCACGCCCUACACGAUGGCGUACUUACCAGAAACCAGACCUGCACCUACACCUGUGCCUGUGCCUGUGCCUGUACCUGCGCCUGAGCCUGCGCCUGCGCCGUACACAGUGACGUAUGUCCCUGCUCCAACUCAGGCACCCAGAGUUGCUGCACCAAGUCCUAUACCUCUCUCUGGCCACAACCACCAGUAUAUCACAUCACAGACAGCUCCGCAGCGCACCCAAGAGCAAAUUCAAGCUGAAAGUGAGUAUGUCCAAUGCUCCAGGCAGUGGAAAGAGGCCCUGGACAUUCUAAGCACGGCCGAGAUACAAAUGCGAGCCGCAGAAGCUAGGAUGGCGGCUCUCGGAGUGGUCCCGGACGCACAUGCGUUGUUACACCAGAUGUCGUCCACCAAUCACGGAUAG